AUGGCCGCCUCCCGCGUCGUUUGGCGGCAGAAUUUACGAUUUCAGCCAAACGCUACUGGACGACGAGCUGUUACAAACUGUCACUCAAUCGUGAACGGUACUGCAGCCAGCGCUCGUACAACAACACACCCAUAUUCCCACGAUCUGCCACCUUCUCCAACUGCUCGUGAAUUUGAUUCAAGGUGGCUUUCGGUGAUUAAAGGGCGAUUAGGAAAGUGCUUUACCUUCGGACUGAAACCACACCAAAUUGACGAAGCGGGGGAGAUACUCCAGGUUAUAGCUCGGGAUUGGCGAGAGUUGACUGCGGGGAGUGAAGGGUUUCUCACGGGGAUAGAGAGACAGGGCCUCUAUCGUCACAAUGUCGUAUGGGGAGAAAUGACUGAUUCACUUUCUUUCCCCUUCGCCGAAUUGACAGGACAUCAUGGACACGUUAAUAACGUAUCGUACGUGAGAUAUGCGGAGACCGCGCGAGUCAAUUGGACAAGAAACAUCGGUACCCACGUGGAUCGCGCCAACAAGAGGGCAUGGUUUAACCUCCUCGGCUCAACCGGUGUCGGCUUGAUAUUGAAAAGCAUCAAGAUAGAUUACAAAUUCCCUAUGACCGCUCCAGAUAAAAUAAGCGUAUACCACAAACUAGCAUAUCCGCCUCCAGCGUCUUCUUCUCCAGCUUCCUCUGCAUAUUCGUCAUUUCAGCUGGAUGUUCUAAUACUGUCCGAGGCGCAUCAACGUCCUGCCGCGCGUUGUCAUGAGGAUAUCGUCGCGUAUGACUACCGGCUUGGGCGUAAAGUCAAAAUGCUCCCGCCGUUUAUGAUGGAUCAAUUCCGGACAUUGUGGGAGUUACAGGAAGCAUCGAAGCGGACAUGGGGGGUGAAAGUUAAGGAGAUUGAAGCUCGAGUGAGAAGGUUGGAAACAGCAAGUUGGGAUCGGCCAGAUGCUGUUGAGGAUAUGGGUUCUUCAGGAUAA